CGUCCUCGAAGUUUGGAGACUUUCUUAUAGGAUACCCACGAGUUAAUCAAAGCUGCGAAGCAGUGGUUUUAAAGAUGAAUGCAAAACCCUUUUUACUUUGUGACUUUUUCAAAAGGGCUGCAACUUAGUCACUAUAGGCAAGGUCGUGUUGGCAGCAGGCUUUGACCCAGACGUCCCUCUCCCCAGCAACAUUUUCCAGUUCCUGCAGGGGGAUCCCAGGAGGUUCCAGGCCAGGGGGGAUAUACAAUUUCUCCAGCAAGUUCUGGGUUAAACCUGGGGUCUUCUCCCAGUUGUACAUGCCUGGAAGCCCUCUAAGUGGAGACUGGGCUACAAAAACAGCUGCAUACCAGCAGCCACUUCUCUGGUCCCGUCAUCACUCAGCUGAGACAGACCACAUGGCCCGGCCAUACAGGGCUGAUUUUAAACUCUCCACUGUCAGAAGGAACAGAUAUGUGAAUGUCUGCCUGAGAGGGGAGCCUCCCUCUGACUCACUCUGCCCUACAUGGGAAAAAACAUUAAGAGGCCCACAAGCUGAUGCAAACCUGAAGUAAUGAAAAUCAGUAUGAUGGAUAGAUAACAAAGAAGAGAAAGGGAAGAUGUCAUUCUUUGGCGUGAACUGUGUCAGGAAAAAAGAGAGAGAGCUGGAGAGGAAACUGCGAGCAAACGACCGCGAGUACAACCUCUCCUUUAAAUAUGCAACGAAUGCCAUCAAGACAUCCAAGUACAACUUCUUCACCUUCCUACCUCUCAACCUGUUUGAGCAAUUCCAAAGGAUCGCUAACGCCUACUUCCUGUUUCUGCUGGUGCUCCAGGUGAUUCCCCAGAUCUCAUCUCUCUCCUGGUUCACCACUGUUGUUCCUCUGGUCCUUGUGUUGUCAGUCACUGCAGCAAAGGAUGCCGGAGAUGAUAUCAAUCGCCACAGAAGUGACAAUCAAGUCAACAACAGAAAAGUUGAAGUACUUAUUGACAGAAAACUGCACAGCGAGAAAUGGAUGGACGUCCAGGUGGGAGACAUCAUCAAACUGGAAAACAAUCAGUUUGUUACUGCCGACCUCCUGUUGCUUUCCAGCAGUGAACCACUUAACCUGGUGUACAUUGAGACAGCAGAACUGGAUGGAGAGACUAACCUGAAGGUCAGGCAGGCCCUUCCUGUGACAGGAGACCUGGGAGAUGAUAUUGAAAAACUGGCAGACUUUAAUGGUGAGGUGCGAUGUGAACCCCCCAACAACCGCCUCGACCGCUUCACAGGAACACUAACCUUUGCUGGUCAGAAAUACCCACUGGACAAUGAGAAGAUCCUGCUGAGAGGCUGCACCCUAAGGAACACUGAGUGGUGUUUUGGACUGGUGCUGUUUGGAGGUCCAGAGACCAAGCUGAUGCAGAACUGUGGGAAGAGCACAUUCAAGAGGACCAGCGUAGACCGUCUGAUGAACAUACUUGUCCUUUUUAUUUUUGGUUUCUUGGCCGUCAUGUGUACGAUCCUGGCAAUAGGAAACUUAUUCUGGGAGAGGAACGAAGGCUCACAGUUCACAGCCUUUCUGUCCGGACAAAAUGACAACAGUGCUGCUUUUUCAGCCUUCCUCACCUUCUGGUCCUACGUCAUCAUCCUCAAUACUGUGGUGCCCAUCUCCCUCUAUGUUAGUGUGGAGAUCAUUCGACUGGGGAACAGCUUCUACAUCGACUGGGAUAGAAAGAUGUACUAUGCACGUAAUGACACCCCUGCUGAGGCUCGAACCACUACACUGAAUGAAGAGCUCGGCCAAAUCAAAUAUGUCUUUAGCGACAAAACCGGGACACUAACACAGAAUAUCAUGGUGUUCAACAAGUGCUCCAUCAAUGGCAAAUCUUAUGGGGAUGUUUAUGACUACACUGGCCAAAGACUGGAAAUUACAGAGGAUACAGAGACGGUGGACUUCUCCUUCAACCCGCUGGCUGACCCUCGCUUCAUGUUUCACGACCACGCCCUGGUGGAGGCAGUGAAGCUGGAGAACCCCGAGGUCCACGCCUUCUUCAGACUGCUGGCCCUCUGUCACACCGUCAUGGCUGAGGAGAAGAAAGAAGGUGAGAUUUACUACCAGGCCCAGUCUCCAGAUGAAGGAGCUUUGGUCACAGCAGCUAGAAACUUUGGAUUUGUCUUCCGCUCACGUACACCAGACAGUGUUUCAAUUGUGGAAAUGGGGGAACAGUGCAGCUACGAACUCCUCGCCAUCCUGGAUUUCAACAACGUUCGCAAGAGGAUGUCUGUAAUAGUUCGGAGUGCGGAGGGGAAGCUGUCUCUCUACUGUAAAGGUGCAGACACUAUCGUCUAUGAGCGGCUGCAUCAGUCCUGCAGCAAGCUGAUGGAAGUCACCACUGAGCAUCUUAAUGAGUUUGCAGGGGAGGGCCUGAGGACUCUGGCGCUGGCAUACAAAGAUCUGGAUGAAGAGUAUUUCAACCAGUGGAAACAGCGCCACCAUGAGGCCAGCACCACACUGGACAACAGAGAGGGGAAACUGGAUGAGCUGUAUGAGGAGAUCGAAAAGGAUCUGCUGCUGCUUGGAGCAACAGCCAUAGAAGACAAACUACAAGAUGGAGUCCCACAGACGAUUGAGCAGCUGGCUAAAGCUGACAUCAAAGUCUGGGUUCUGACUGGUGACAAGCAAGAAACUGCAGAAAACAUUGGGUACUCAUGCAACCUGCUGCGUGAAGAGAUGAACGAAGUCUUCAUUGUCUCGGGCAACUCAACUGAAGAUGUCAGACAGGAGCUGAGAAAUGCACAGAACUCCAUGAAACCAGUUGCAACAGAGGAUUCAGUGUUUCUACCACAAGGCACUCUGGGUAAUGGUCUGACAGUAAUCUCAGAUGAGGUGGCAAAUGGAGAAUAUGGCCUGGUUAUCAACGGACAUAGUCUAGCCUACGCCCUGGAGCACAGCCUGGAGCUGGAGUUUCUAAAGACAGCAUGCUUGUGUAAGGCAGUAAUCUGCUGCAGAGUCACUCCUCUGCAGAAAGCUCAGGUGGUUGAGCUUGUCAAGAAGUACAAGAAGGCAGUCACACUGGCCAUAGGAGAUGGAGCCAAUGAUGUCAGCAUGAUCAAAGCGGCUCAUAUUGGUGUGGGAAUCUCAGGUCAGGAGGGCAUGCAGGCGGUGCUGUCCAGCGAUUACUCCUUUGCCCAAUUUCGUUUUCUUCAACGCCUUCUGCUGGUGCACGGCCGCUGGUCCUACCUACGCAUGUGCAAAUUCCUGCGUUACUUCUUCUACAAGAACUUUACCUUCACCUUUGUUCACUUCUGGUACGCCUUCUUCUGUGGCUUCUCAGCACAGACGGUGUAUGAUGAGUGGUUCAUAACCCUCUACAAUCUGAUGUACACAGCACUACCCGUUCUAGGAAUGAGUCUGUUUGAUCAGGAUGUGAACGACGUGUGGAGUUUCCAGCAUCCUCAGCUCUAUGUUCCUGGUCAGCUCAACCUUUACUUCAGCAAGACAACUUUCUUCAAGUGUGCCCUCCACAGCUGCUACAGCUCCUUGGUGCUCUUCUUCAUCCCCUAUGCUGCCCUUUAUGACACAGUGAGGGGAGACGGCAAGGACGUCGCAGACUACCAGUCCUUCGCCCUCCUCACUCAGACAUGUCUACUGUUUGCUGUCACAAUUCAGCUGGGGUUGGAGAUGUCUUACUGGACAGCCGUUAACACUAUCUUUGUGUUGGGCAGUCUGGCUAUGUACUUUGCAGUCACAUUCACCAUGUACAGUAACGGCAUGUUUCUCACAUUGCCGGGAGCCUUCCCUUUUAUAGGAACUGCCCGAAAUUCUCUGAACCAACCGAACGUUUGGCUGACAAUCAUCCUCACCUCCAUCUUGUGUGUUCUUCCUGUGGUUACCUACCGCUUCCUGUUCAUACAGCUCCGCCCCACCAUCAAUGACAAGGUGAUGUUUAAGGUGAGACAGGCCAAAGCCACUCCUCCCCCUCCACCUCGUCGCACCCGAAUCCGCCGAACCAGCUCCCGCCGCUCUGGCUACGCCUUCUCGCAUGCACAGGGCUACGGGGACCUGGUGACAUCAGGUCGGUUCCUGAGGCGUCCUGCUAUAUCACGGUCCUCAGGAUUCCCAAACAUCGGCCGCACUACCACAGGCUUCAGUCCCAUGGGGCGAUCGGCGGGAUACAGCCCAGCAGCACGGCCACAGAAUACCAAAGUGCCAGAUGUAGAGGUGACAUCGCUGCAGAUGUACAGGACUUUUGGAGAUCCUGGUCUCUGAUAGUAACAUUGUGUUUGGAAAAGAAAUAACACAGAAAACUGGACAGCUGUGUGCCGCUGACAGUUAAAGGUGCUCUUGUAUGUCUCUUAAAAACUCAACCUGUCUCUCUGGAGAAGCCAUGUCAAAGACUUUGGAUGUUCAUUGUCUCAUCUGCCGAGUCCCCAAAGAUGACGUCUGGACAAGAAAUGACUUUUAACUCUAAGCACAAAGGGAUUUAAUCAAAGGGAACAAAAGAAAAGAGUGCAGCCACUUGUGUGUGGUAUUUGAAUCAAUAUUCUCUGAUUGGGGGUCUUCAUGUUGAACUUGAAUCAUGCAGAGCCAACACAUGAGAGGUUUCUGAUGGAAAAAAAUAACUACAGUGAUUUAUUUUCCAAUAGGAGCUUAACCAGAGGGACGGAGUGUCAUCAUGUUUACAGACAGAUCAGGACUUCAUUAACACUGGGAGUACAGAUCCACUUUGUACAGAAGAAAUAACCAGCAAAGCCUUUUUUACAUGGGAAUAUUAUAAUUUAUACUUUUAAGUGUUUUUUCAAAGCAUUUUUUCACCUAUCCUGAAAGCUGUACAAUCAGUUAGCACUUUGGGAGAAAACUGAAUGUCUGAAAGAUUAUGAAUGUGUAAAACUUACCCUGAAUGAAUGCUAAACUUUCCAGUGGACGAAGGAGAGAUAUUUUUAAGAAUCAGGAAUCAGAUUUGUUGAUUUGUUUCUUUUCUUUUGUUUAAUUACUGUUUUAAAGUAUUUCAUUUAACCUUAAACUAAAUAAACAAGCAUGGGGGAGCAGACCCUAUUUGAUUCAUCCAGGGACAUUUGUACCACUAUGAAAGGAAAGGUUCUUGAUACUUUGUACACAAGAUUGUGGUAGUUUUUACAUUGUUUUAGAAAUAACUGAAAAAACAAUCCUUUAAAUAGGAACAACUUUCAGACUGUCAAGUUUAAAGGCCAUCCUUCAAGAGCAACAUAGGCAACAAGUGAGACUAUAGCAAUUACUAAUCGUGGAUUUAGCCCAAAAAUGUCUAAAUUACUUCCUUAGUUCAAAUUUAGUCUCCCCCUUGGUUGCUUGUCUGCACGUGAUGGAAAUUGCAAAAAAAAAAAAGAUUUAAAAAAUAGGGCUUUUUGAUCAGUUUUGCAAACACAUUAUCUACCGUAGGAAAAUCAACCAUAUCUACCUGAUUUUAGAGGUUUAUCAUACUUUAUACACACUACAAAGCUAACCCCAAUCAGAGGCAUGUUUAGAGUCAUGAACAACACAUUUAGAUGUGAUCAAGACUUUAAACCCCAUCCCCCAACCUUUUCUUUGGACUUUACAUUUCAAACCUCAUUCUAAUUUGGAUAAAAUAAAUGUAUAGCAAAACAUAUUAAAAUAUACAAUAUGUAUGUAUUUGCUUAAGCAGCCAGCUUGCCAUUGGUUUUGUAAAAAAAAUCAAUAUUCUGUAUUAUUUCUGUGCUAAUUUGCUGCCUGUUUUCACUCCAGUGAUUAAUCUGCUCUUGAAAAUAAGACAUGACAUAAAAACAUACACAGGCUGCUUUAAUAUGAAAGAAAAGGUAAUUUCUGUUUGUGCAAAACAUUACAAGAAUGUUUAAAUCUGGUGUAAAUAUUUGUUUUAAUGCAACAGUGUUGAUAUUUUAAUGUAAUUCAAAGAAACAGGGUUCAUAUUUUUUGUUUCAUUGCCCAAGGAGGACAGCUGCAGUGCUGCUCCUGUGGGUUUUUAGGUCACUUUAAUUUAUUACCUAUGUUUGAAAAAAGUCCAAAAUUGGUUCUAUUUUUAAGUGUACAGUCAAAAUGUGUCUCAUUGGGCUUAUAUUUUUCUUUGUUUUCUUCUAAAUCAAUCAUGAUUUAGCUGCAUUCAUGUUUAUGCAACUCGAGGUUCAAACACUCAUUAGUUUUUCUUCUACAGGUAAAUUAAACGGUUAAGACAGCUGAUAGAUGAUUUGUAUCAGUGCAAACACUUGACACCCCAAUUUAACGUAUCUCUAACAGUGGUGAACCAAAGAUUAUGUAAAGGAUUUUUGUUUUUUUUGUUAAGUUGAAUUUUUGCUGUCAAACACAGACAUGUGCUGGAUGAUUCUGUCACGACACUUGACAUACCACUUCUAACACAGUUAGUUUGAACUGAAAAGUCAUCGUUAUGGAGAAACUCAAAUUUAAUGAUGCAAAUGAAACAUUAACUGUGUGCCUGUAAAACUUGCUGUCAUUUUCAUUGUGGUCAUUUUCUUCAGAAUCCACACUCAGAGUGAGGCUCAGAUGUUGAUUUGCUGUUUCAUUGCUUGCUGUUUUUGUCUCACUGAUCAGUACCUAUGCUUUGUUUUAUUUUAUUACAGUUUGGAGUAAUAAUCUGCGUUUUGUGUCAUUUGAUCAAAGUUUAAACCAAAUCAGCAUAAUUCUACAAAAGCAUCUCCCAGCAUUUAUCAAUCAAACACAGCACAGAAGCUGAUAGCUAAUUGUGACGAUAUGCAAGACCUGCACAUAUGGGUCAUAAGUGCUGCAUUUUAUUUUAUAAAUGAGAUGUAAAAAUAAAUGAUCUCAUGUUACAAAUUCCAAGUUUUUUCCCCCCAGAUAUAAAGGAAUGAGCCUUAAGAUUGCAUUAAGCUGAGCUUCAGAGGCAUACACUCAGUCCACCAGUGUACUCUACAUCUUUUCCAUCAUUUCUGUUGUCCCAAAUUAAUUUAAGCCAUCAUGCAAACUUGUGUUAUUAAUCGAUAUACUUUCAUUUUAUGUCAAGCCCUGAAGACUGAAAUAGUUACAAACAGGGUCUUUGAAAAGUAUCCACCCUCUUAGAUAUCAUACCCUUAUAUUGAUUUACAAAUCCAUCAUGGUCAAUAGAAUUUGGCAUUUUUGACAAAAAAUGUACAAAAACCCCUCUUUAGUGUCAGUUCUAAAAGGUAUAAAAAGAUGUGAUGUAAAAUAGGUGACUGCAUAAAUGCAAAUAUUUACUCUGCAAUUUUAUUUUAUUUUUCUUUGCACCUCUGUCAGGUUGCAUGGGGCAUGUACUGCCCUUUUCAAGUCCAGCUACAAAUUCUCUCUA